AUGGCUAACCACAUUUAUUACAAAGGACUUAUCUUUUGUAAGGUUACGGCUGCCAACAGUUUUUCUCAUGAAGUUGAAAACUUCCGCUUAAGACAAGCUAUCCAACAGAACAGUAUCCAGCGGCAACAGUCUUAUCUCUCGGGUGGUCUGCGUCCUCUGCGGCGUAUGAAAAGGACAUGGGUUAUCACCACCAUUGUUGUUCAGGAGGAGGAAAAAGGACCGUUCCCAAAAUAUGCUGGCCAGCUGUUCAAUAACAAAUCGUUUAAUGAAUCAAUACGUUAUCUAAUCAGCGGACCUGGGGUAGAUGAAAACCCAGAAAUUGGAUUGUUUUCUAUAGAAGAUGAUGCAAAUGGACAUGUGUAUGUACAUCGUACCAUUGACAGAGAAAAGACCCCAUCUUUUCAGGUGCGUUUUGACAUUGUGCACAGAGAAAGUGCUCAGUUUUUGGACCGACCUUUAUUUUUCAAGAUUAAAGUUAGAGAUAUUAAUGAUAAUGCACCUGAGUUUUCCAAGAAAGAAUAUAACAUUACAAUAAGAGAGAGUCACGGUAAAGAUAAGCCAGUUUUCCAAGUUACUGCCUUCGACAAAGAUGAAGACGGCACUGAGAAUUCUCGAGUGUCCUAUUCUCUGACAAUGCAAAUGCCCAUUCUAGAUGGAAUCAUAUUUAAUAUUGAUCCUACCACAGGUUUGAUACACCUGUCUGGAUGCCUGCAUUAUGAGACUGCUAGUUCUUUUAAACUUCUGGCUGAAGCCAGUGACCACGGAGCCCCCCGGCAAUCAUCUACUGCAACGGUGAAUGUAGCUAUUGAAGAUGCAAACAACCACCUCCCUGUAUUUGUCAGUGAGCAUUACCAGGUAGAGGUUUCGGCAGGCCAAGAACAUCCAGCAGCACUACAGCUCCAGGUGGAAGACAAGGAUUCUCCCAAUACUCCAGCUUGGAGAGCAAAAUACAAAAUAGCAGAAGGCAAUGAGAAAGAGCAUUUUGACAUUGUGACUGAUCCAGAAACAAAUAAUGGCAUUUUGAGUAUCAUCAAGCCUCUCAGCUACAAGGAGAACUCUGAAAAGAGGCUUGUCAUUUCUGUAGAAAAUGAAGAACCUUUUUUCUCAUGUAAAAAUGGUGAAGUGAUGAUCUCAAGCCCAGAAAUCAUGAAUGCAACUGUGAAAAUCAAGGUUGUACAAUCACAACAUGCUCCUCAAUUUCACCCUCCUAUACUUAUUGUCCAAAAAGAAGAUUCCAUGAAGCCUGGGGCAGUAUUUAGAAGAUAUCUUGCUACAUACCCAGCUCAAUUACCAUGGAAGAUAAAAUACGAACUAGCUCAUGACCCAGCUGGUUGGCUGAGUGUGGAUGAAAAUUCUGGAGUCCUCACUGUGGCAAGCGAUUUUGAUCAAGAAUCCCCUUAUGUGAACAACAGUCAAUACACCAUUAUUAUUCAUGCUGUUGAUGAUGGUAUUCCACCACAGACUGGGACUGGCACCAUUCUCCUUUACUUGUCUGACAUUCAUGAACGAAUGCCAGUAUUAGCAACUCCUUCUUUACAUGUGUGUGACCAAAAGGAAAGGACACCUCUCAUUAUAAAAGCUAAGUCUGCCCAGGCUCAGGAUUUGAAUGGACAAUUUAAGUUUCAACUGGCUGAGGACUCUGAAGAUGUGAAGCGUAACUGGAAAUUGGGAAGGAAUUUUGGGGAGUCAGUUGAGCUAUUAAUGUUAAGAAGCCUUCCACAAGGUAGUUACUUGGUGCCCUUUGUUAUUUGGGAUGAACAAGGAUUUUCUACAAGGCAGAAUCAGCAUGUAAGGCUCUGCGCUUGCCUCGAUGGGCACACGUGUGAAGACUCACCACUUUCACAAGUGGGACUUGGAGGCAGUGCCAUUGCAGCAAUGCUGACAGCUCUCCUAUUAUUACUGGUUGCUAGUAUUCUACUUUGUCGGUUUUAUGCAUCAAGAUCCAAAGGCAAGCCCAGUCUUUCACCUCAAGAAGGGGAACAGACUUUAAUCACCUAUAAUGAAGAAAGUGGAAAGCCUCUAUCUCAGGAUAAGAUGGACACUACAGAUUAUGUCACCCUACCACCUCUAUCUGCAGAAGCUGGAAAAGUAACUGUCAAGGACAGCCAGUACACUAGAAACAGAGAGACCUCCCAAAUAAAUUACCUCACAUCCACAAAUAAAUUACAUCACAUCCUACAGAUGGUGGACAAAAUACUGGAUCAGAAAUUGUAUGACCAAAGGGAAUUGGAAGAUGAUGGGCACAGCUAUGAACCUUGCAGAUAUGCUGAGGAAGGAGAACUAGAGAGAAGCAGCUCCUUGCAGUCUCUCUCCAAUGUCAGCGAGGAAUUGCCCUUGGAUUUUUUGCAAACUCUGGGGCCAAAGUUUUCUAAUCUGGAAGAAAUCUGCAAGAAACAAUUUCGACCGCUCAAUUAACUGCAGAAGGUCAUAACUAAUGACAGAGUUACAAAGGCUUUUGGAAGAUACACUGACAAAAUUCCAAKAAAAGAACCAUCCACACUGGAAAGAUUUACUGCAUGUUUGCACCACGACUAUCUGGCCUUUUAUUCCUCCUGGCUAUAAUGUUUACACGUCUGYAGUCAAGAACUUGGCAUGGAUAAUGAUAUAUUAUGCAAAGGUAAAAAUAGGUCUACCAGGCUAGAAAUUGAAGUUAAAGUUACAUAUGGAAAUAAGACAACUUUGAAAAUGGAAGGCAAUUACUAGGUAGGUUGGAAUAGAGUCAUUUCUCCAAGAAGUGGAGUCCUUACAUCCAGACCGGCUUUCAAACAGAUUAGUAUAACCAUGUAGCUCUGACUGUAUGAGCAGAUCUUUUUCCAUAUGAUCUUGAAACAUCUAAGAGAAUAUACACCUCUAUUCUUAGCAAGCUAGCCACUUUCAUCCUGUCCUGAGAGGUYACCACCAUCCUUGCCUUACAGCAUAAAACAGGCACUCAGUAAGUCCUUGCACACUUAGGCUGGCAUCUGGUGGCUGUUAGAAUUAUUACACUAUCAUAAACACUAAAUGCUAAGAAAUUCUUGACUGAGGAGAAAGUAUGGCUAUUCAUUUUUUUUCCUCCAAAUAACUAGCUUCUCUAACUUAGCUAAAAAGUGAUUGUGCUAUGGAAAUUCAUGGAUUUCCUCAGGCAUCAUUGACAAAGUAGCUGACACAAUAAAGAAAUGAUGAUAGCAGAUUUCUUUAUAUGGAAACCGGAGAUGUGUUAUUUUAAAUUGUGCCAUCGAACACACCUCCAAGUAUGCAGUGGCCUAUGCUCAUUUACAGCAUGAUGGCAAUCAAUGUUACAAUGCAUUCAUGAGGAAAGAAUAACUCCAGAAGACAGUAUAGUAUUUUGCUGUUAGAAAAGAUAUAUAAGCAACAAGAAAUGGGAUCAGUCAGUCUUAUUUCUAUUCUAUUUUUGUGCUAAAGAACCUUCCACCUAAGGCAAAUACU